CAUGUUAAAUUUUUUGUAAAUAUAAUAAAACAGGAUGACAUAUGUGUGUACUUCCGGAUUAAGAGGGACGUUGAGCUUCGUAAGAUGAUGCAUGCAUAUUCCGCAAAAGUUGGAGUAGAAAUGUCUACUCUAAGGUUCCUCUUCGAUGGAAAUAGGAUCAAACUCAAUCAAACUCCCAACGAGCUUGGGCUUGAGGAUGAAGACGAAAUCGAAGCAUUUGGUGAACAACUAGGAGGGUUCAGCUUCUUUCAUCACCAUUAAGAGUAUAUUAACGACAUUAAAAGCCGUUAGAACGGCUUACAA